AUGAAUUUGUUGAAGCAAUCUCGGGGUCAUUUAAAAGGUGCUAUAACACGUGCACAUACGUAUAUUUUGGAAAUGGUCGAUGCCGACAUCGAUAGUUUAAAAACUCGGUUAGAACGUUUGGAAGAAGCGUGGAAGGGGUUUUGUGCGAAUCAAAACGAACUUUUUCAAUAUGCGGAGGUUGAGGGGUACGUUGACCCUGAAAUUGACUUUGAAACAACCGAAGCAAAAUAUAUCGAGGCAAAAAGUGCGUUUAUGAAAGCCAUUCGGAACAAUCAACCUACCCUUCUACCGCCAAUCCCAGUGGGUGUUCCUUCGAAGGCUUCCGCGGAAAUCGAACUUCCGAAAUUUAAAAUAUCUCCGUUUUCUGGUGACUAUCGCGAAUGGCCGGAAUUUCGCGACAUGUUCUUGGGAAGCGUUGAUUGCAAGGAAAAACUUCCGGGUGCCCAAAAAAUGCGUUAUCUAAAAUCAUUUUUGAUUGGUGAUGCCUCAAAAUUAUUAAACGGUAUCGAAAUUGCAGACUCUAACUAUGAGCAAGCGUGGGAUAAGCUCGAACGUCGGUACAAUAAGCCGUUAUGUAUUAUUAACGCGUAUAUUGAAAGCUUUUUAAAAAUGCCAACGGUGCUUUCCGCGGAUAGUGGACAUUUGCGUCAGUUAGCGGACAAAUCUGAUGAGGUUAUUCGCGGUUUAAAAGCUAUGAAUUCCGAAGGUAGAGAUCCUUGGCUCAUUUAUUUGAUCCUCGAUAAAACAGACUUAGAAACGCGGAAGGCUUGGGCACUUCAUGUUAAUAAUUCGGAAACCGUGACGGUUCAAGAUCUUAUCGAUUUUUUGGAGGAAAGAUGCGAUGCCUUAGAAGCAUGUGAAACUAAACGUGAAAAAGAUACGAAAACUCGCUUGAAUAAACAAUUGACGCGUCCUGGUCUCGCUUCAGGUAGUGGCUCGAAAAAUAUUAAAAGCCUUGCAAUUUCAAAUCCGUCGUGUCCCAUGUGUAAAGAAAGCCAUGUUCUUCCACAAUGCCCUCAAUUUCUCACGUUGUCUAUUACGUCUCGUCGCAAUUAUGCUAGGGAUCAGAAAUUGUGCUACAGUUGCUUAGGAAGCAGCCAUUCCGCUUCGAGAUGUCGUUCAAAGACCCGCUGUCCUCAUUGCUCUGUUCGUCAUCAUGUCUUAUUGCAUUUAGAUUCGUCAGGUAAUCAAACUAGCAGUCUGAACACAGUACCACCUUCGCCUUCUAAUACGGCUGCGAUUGUUAGUAAUCAUUCACAAAAUGAAAUUCGUCCAAUUGGUGUUUUGCCCACUGUUGUUGUGCAGGUCGUGGAUGCGUUAGGUAAAACUCAACGUUGUCGCAUGCUGCUGGACACAGGAUCUCAAGCUUCAUUUGUCACAGAAAGUUUAGUGAAACGAUUAGGUCUUCGUCGUCGUCACGCUCGUCUUCCGAUAUCUGGUAUAUCUUUCGUUGAAGCUGGUGUUACCCAAGGAGCUGUGAGCCUUAAGCUUAGCUCUUGUAUGGAUUCAAACGAAUUGGAAGUUGAAGCCUUCAUUUUAAAACGAAUAACUUCAAAAACCCCUCUAUUGCCUUUUGAUUUUGAUAGAACCUUGUUCUUGGAUGAUUUGCAGUUGGCUGACCCAGGUUUCAACACGCCAGGUCCUAUUGAUGUGUUGUUAGGAUCUGACAAAGCUUGGAGCAUUUUGCGUGACGGUCGUCGCAACGAUGGAGCCGGUAAUUUGGUUGCUCACAACACUAUUUUUGGGUGGGUAGUAACCGGAAGUAUUCCAGACAAGGAAAUCGUUGCGUUUCAUAUAGGGGUGGAAGAGGACGUUGAUUUUCAAAUGAAAUGGUUUUGGGAAAUUGAAGAGGUACUUCAAAAUAAUUAUUCUUUGGAUUCUGGCGACUUUGCUGAUACUCACUUUAUUGAAACUUUCUCUCGUGCGCCUGAUAACAAAUACAUUGUUGAGUUACCUUUUCGUCACAAGGAUAUAGUUUUUGGUAAUACUCUUUCUGGAGCAUUGUCCAGGUUAUUUGCAAUGGAACGGCGUUUCGCUCGGCAAGAUGAUCUUCGUUUAGAAUACUCUCGUUUUAUGAAAGCUUACCAGGAUCUAGGGCACAUGGAACGUAUUCCUGAACACGAGAUAGAACCUUCUUCUGGGAAGACCUUCUACUUGCCACAUCAUGCUGUUGUCACAAACAAGCUAAGGGUAGUUUUUGACGGAUCUCAUAAGGACGGAAAGGGUAACAGCUUGAAUGAGAUGCUGCACACAGGGCCUCCACUCCAGCGUAACCUAAUAAAUGUUUGUUUAAGGUUUAGAAUUCAUAAGUAUGUUUUUUGCUCCGACAUUGUUAAAAUGUUCCGACAAAUUUGGAUUGAUACCAAACAUCGGGAUUUUCAACGAAUUGUGUGGCGAGAAAAUCCGGAUCAGCCUGUUGAACAUUAUAGGCUUCGUACCGUCACUUACGGCACUUCACCAGCUCCAUUUCUGUCGAUGCGUGUUCUAAAACAAAUCGCUUUAGAUUACUCCAAUCAAUUCCCUAUUGCUUCGCAUUCCAUUUUGCAUGAUUUUUAUGUUGAUGACAUCAUGACAGGGUCGGAUUCAGUGGCAGGAAUUUUGGAGUUGAAAAGGGAGUUGAUUGAACUUUUGUCUUGUGGAGGUUUGCGGUUGAGCAAAUGGAGCUCAAAUUGUUGGCUGGUUUUGAAAGGUUUGGAUUCAGAACCUACCAUUUCUCUUGAUUUGGAUAGUCGUGAAAAUUGGACGAAAGUUCUCGGAUUAGUUUGGAAUCCUCAUCGUGAUGUUUUCACUUUCAAAAUUUCGUUAGAGAAGGAAUCGUCGUUGGCACCCACUAAGCGAAUGAUGUUGUCAGAGAUUUCAAAAAUCUUUGACCCUUUGGGUUUCCUGGCUCCUGCCACCAUUUUGUUAAAAAUGCUGUUUCAGGAGUUAUGGGUGCAUAAAACGAAGAUCGGAUGGGAUGAUCCACUGCCAACUGAAGUAGCUGACAAAUGGAUUUGCUACCGAAACGAUUUUCUCUACUUCGAAAAGAUCGAGAUUUUGAGGAGGUGCACUUUGAAUUCGAAGCGUUUUGACUUGAUAGGAUUUUCAGAUGCAUCCGAGAAAGCGUACUCCGCGGUUGUUUACGCUCGAAGCGUGGCUGAAAAUGGGAAAAUCGAGGUUCAACUGGUUGCUGCUAAGACUCGCGUAUCCCCUGUUAAACAGCUUACAAUUCCUCGCCUAGAACUUUGUGGGGCUCUCUUGUUAAGUCGUUUGAUUGAAUUGGUUCGUGCUUCGUUGGACGUCAGACCCGUCAACACUUUUGUAUUUUGUGAUUCCCAAAUCGUAUUAGCGUGGCUUUCUUCGCCCCCUCGUCGUUGGAAUACUUUUGUUGCGAAUCGUACUUCACAGAUUCUUGAUGUUCUUCCCCGUUCUGAUUGGAACCAUGUUCGGUCUGAAGAAAACCCAGCUGAUUGUGCAUCGAGAGGUGUCGAGCCCAAAAAGUUGUUGCAGUUGGGAAUUUGGUGGAAAGGUCCUGAUUGGAUUUCAAUGGAUUUUGAGUCUUGGCCGAGAUCUGCAGGAAAGGUGGAAAUAGAUGAGGUGCCUGAAGCAGUUUUCGUCCGUCGUGCUAGAAAUAAUCAACUUCCUCCAGAAGAACGAGUUAAAGGUCAUUUGCGCUCAUCAGAGCUGCUUUAUGCAAAGCAGAAAUGUCUUCUAUGGGCUCAACAGGACGAAUUCGGAGAUGAAAUAAAGGCAUUGAAAGUUGAGAAGUGUGUGUCUAAUACCUCCAAACUCAGUCCAUUGUCACCGUUUCUGGAUGAAAACGGGUUACUUCGUGUUGGGGGCAGAAUUUCAAAAGCCGUUGACGUCCCUUUCAGUCUAAAGCACCCUCUUAUCCUGCCAAAAGGUCAUCCGGUUUCCAGGUUGAUUCUUAGGGAUGCUCAUGUAAGAUUCCUUCACGCAGGUGUAUCAGAGCUUUUUUCAUUGGUGAGGCAGGAGUUUUGGAUUCUUGGAAGCAGAAACCUGAUACGAAAAGUUGUUCACGAUUGCAUAGAAUGUUUUCGCCAACGUCAAGCCACGUCAUCGCAGCUCAUGGGAAACUUGCCUUCUUCGAGACUUUCACCAUCUUUUGCCUUCGAUCGAACCGGUUGCGAUUAUGCUGGACCAAUCACUCUUCGCCUAUCCAGAGGAAGAAAACCCAAGUUCGUGAAAGGAUACUUUGCGCUGUUUAUUUGCAUGGCAACAAAGGCUGUGCACUUGGAAGUCGUCAGCGAUCUAUCCACAGAUGCAUUCUUGGCGGCAUUAAGGCGAUUUAUCGCUAGAAGAGGAAAAUGCAGCGUCAUCUACUCAGACAAUGGCACCAAUUUCCAGGGAGCUUCAAGAACAUUGUCAGAAUGGUAUGCGUUGGUACGAUCCGAGGAACAUAAUCACCGCAUUUCGACAACAUUGGCAGCUGAAAGCAUAAAAUGGGAGUUUAUUCCUCCACAAAGUCUUCAUUUUGGAGGUAUUUGGGAAGCGGGGGUUAAAAGUGUGAAACAGCACCUUAGAAGAGUUGUAGGGAAUACUAUUCUGACCUUUGAAGAGUUGUCCACCUUGCUGUGUCAAAUUGAGGCCAUAUUAAACUCUAGGCCCCUUUGUUCUGUCUCUGACUCAGAUUUGAACCCAUUAACACCCUCUCAUUUACUUAUAGGUAGACCAUAUACUGCAAUACCAGAGCCCAGCUGUUUAGAGAUUCCACUUAAUAGACUUGGACGAUGGCAGCUUAUUCAAAAUAUGGCCCAAGGCUUUUGGCGUCGUUGGCAUUUGGACUAUCUAACAUCGCUACAACAACGCCCUAAAUGGCAAAAGCGAACCAAGAAUUUUGAAGUUGGUGAUCUGGUCGUCGUCAAAGAGCCCAAUAUGCCACCAUCAAAAUGGGCACUAGGACGAGUUGAGAAACUUCAUCCAGGAGAGGACGAUUUAGUACGAGUGGUGUCUAUUCGCACCAAAAAUGGCAUUUUCAAACGAUCUAUAACAAAAUUGGCUCUUUUACCAUGUUCCUGA